GUCCACGCUUGCUUCGUGUGUUAAAUUACUGAAUUAUUGUGAGACACCAGCUACAACUUGACCCCAUCGAAAACCUCUAUUAAAUCCCCGUGUGCCUUGAUUUUGCGGAAUUUUCAGGAAUGGCUGUAGCCGACAAGUUGCAAUGAGUAAAUCAAGCUAGUAGAUGCAGCCGUCAUAGCUCUCAUCCCACCUGGUUGCCAGACAUGCAGUCCUGAUGAAUCCGGUUCAGACCAGCUCAGCCCAGAUUCAACCGGUCUGAAGUAUUUGAAAGAGUUACUGAAGGCGUGGGUCGGUGAAUCUCAGAUAUUGGAAGGGCCGGUCGGUGCUAGGCUGGUGUACAAACUGCCGUGUGCAAUCCCACAAUGCAACAGGAGGGCCGGGUGCAGUUUCUCAAGUACCACCUCGGCAGUGUGAGGGGUGUUGCGUUUUGUCCAAAGGACCGCUACUUAUUUUGCUCAGGUGCAUUUGACGGCAGGGUCAAUCUCUACACAGCACAGAAAUGCAUUUUGCUGCAGAGCUAUUCGGUAACAACCUUCAGUUUAGCCCGAAACAUUCAUGCUGUGCGAUUUACUAGUGAUGGAAGAAAGAUACUUGCCACAACGACUGCGGGGAAACUAGCCGUUGUUGACGUGGAGACCGGUGCUCAACUUCUGACCUAUGAGAGCUGUGCCUUCAACAGGAGAGAUCGCACCGGUCUGGCCGUGGACCCUAAGUGCCCUAAUACUGUAGUCUGCACUUGCGUCAAUGGCAAGGGCUUAGCUGUGUUUGAUUUGAGAAUGUCCAUUCCUCUUCUAUAUAUCUAUGAUCUUCACAGUGACAUCAUUCGAGAUGUGACAUUCCUUGGGGACAGUUGGCCGUGGUGUUCUGGGGAAACCACAUUUGUGACCGCAUCGGUGGACGGGCAUGGCAAGGUUGUGACUCUGGAUGGUAGGACGCUGCUAGACAUACCAGCCGGGACCGGCCUGCACUGCGUGGAUCCAACACCGGGGCCUUACAACGCUAUGGCAGAAGAGGGCUUCUCCAGCGUGAUCAUGUUGGGAGGUGGUGAAGUGUGCGCUUACUUGCCAGAUGCCGGGGUGCAAGAAACUCUGAGAGAGAGUGGGGACGAUGCAAUAUGGAAACUCAAGUAUACAUCCAACGGAAGUAUGCUGUACACAGCCUGUGAAAAUGGGGUAAUACGAAGAUAUCGACGCUACCCAGACAGACAUGAGUAUCUUGGGGAAGUAUUCAGGCACAAAGCUGACGUUCAAGAUAUGGACAUCUCACCGUACGAUGAAUACUUGGUGACAGCUUCCAAGGACCGCUCAGUGGGUAUCAUCAAGUUGGGUCUGCCGAACCACGGGUGCACCGAGUACGGGGAGUUCACAUGACACCAAACAUCAGGGGGUUUCAGGAUAUAGUGCCAACUCAAUUAUACUUUUUUCCCCUAUUUAGAUUGGUUGCCAUGGUAACCCAGUGUUACAAGAUUCAGGCUUACCAAGCCUUUGAAAUAG